UCGCGCAGCCCAGGUCUCCACCCGGCCGGGAGCCAUUUUGUGUCACUUUGCUCCAGAAGGUGGCAUCUGGGAUUUCACUGCAGAGCUCCUAAGCCCAUAUUAAAAUGACGGAAAAUGGUGGACAGAAAGAGUCAAAAUGGAUAACAACUGUUAUUAUGAGUACAGCUAUGCAGAACCAUGAGAUUUCAACAAUUCUGCAGCGACAACAACACCGAGUUCGAUAUUCAGAUUCAGUGGAAAUCGGAUCUGUGAUAUUCUCUCUUUCUGGGGUUGCAUUUGUACUGGCAGACAUUCAAGACUUGCUUAGGACAGGAGAACAGCAGUUUUUAGACAGAGUUCAGAAGUUCAUAAACAUUCAUCGGAACAGCUUUUUGGUUUUGUCAGCUGCCCUUCACGGACCAGAAGAAUGGAAUAUAAUGUUCAGGAUUCAGAGAAGAUUCCUGGGCAGUAACUUACGCAUCAUUCCAGUUCACAGUAAUGUGGAAACUGUUAAAUUUAUGCUAACUAUAGCUAAGAUAACUUCCAAGCCACGUGCGGAUGAUAUUCGUUACAAAAUGGCAAUGGCCAAAGUCCACAUAACAGAAAAGAGUCCAGUUUGGAAGAUGCUUCAGCAGUACCAGCUGCAUUGCAAUUAAUUUAGUGUUUGUUUAUUCAUUAAAUAUAGCAGCUACAUUUUAAACAAAAUAUAAAUGCUUUUAAAAAUAUAUUGCUACAUUUCAAAGACUGUAUAUACAACUUAUGC